AUGAGUACUUCAAAAGAUUUCUGUGAUAUGGAUAUUAUUCAGCCUCUGUCUCUAUCCAUUUCUUUAUCUAUGCACGCACACAACGUACAUUCACAACGUAGCACAAGUGGUCUGUGUCAGAUUCUGUCUCAAUUUACCCAUGUCAGACCAUCAAGCAAGAAGACUGUUCAUAUCUCUCUCUCUCUCUCUCUCUCUCUCUGUUCAUAUCUAAAUUUGUUCAUUAUCUAUCUAUCUAUGUUCAAAUUUGUUCAUUAUCUAAGUCUGUUCAUAUCUAAAUUUGUUCUCUAUCUAUCUAUCUAUCUAUCUAUCUAUCUAUCUAUCUAUCUAUCUAUCUAUCACUAUUCUUUAAAAGCGAUAAACCGCGAGGAACAAAAAAAACUGACUCUAUCAGAUAUCAAGCACACUCUCACUUAUCUCGUACAACAAAAGAAGAAGAGACGUUUUCAACCUCGGCCAUUGCAAAUUCAUAAAUCUAUCUAUCUAUCUAUCUAUCUAUCUAUCUCACUCUGUUCAUAUCUAUCUAUCUAUCUAUCUAUCUAUCUAUCUCACUCUGUUCAUAUCUAUCUAUCUAUCUAUCUAUCUAUCUAUCUCACUCUGUUCAUAUCUAUCUAUCUAUCUAUCUAUCUAUCUAUCUAUCUAUCUAUCUAUCUCACUCUGUUCAUAUCUAUCUAUCUAUCUCACUCUGUUCAUAUCUAUCUAUCCAUCUAUCUAUCUAUCUAUCUAUCUAUCUUCUCUGUUCAUAUCUAUCUCACUCUGUUCAUAUCUAUCUAUCUAUCUAUCUAUCUAUCUAUCUAUCUAUCUAUCUUCUCUGUUCAUAUCUAUCUUCUCAUUGUGUUCAUCUCCCUCUAUCUAUUUAUCUUCUCAUUCUGUUCCUAUCUAUUUCUCUAUCUCAUUCUUAUAUUCCUUGUCUAUCAACGUUUACUUUUUUUAUUCAUCAUAUCUAUCAAUGAGUCUGUUGAAAAAGUAUCUAAGGUUGUUUUUCUUAUCCUUCUAAUUCAUUCAUAUCUCUCUCUACCUAUCAUAUCUAUCUGUCUAUAUGAGUGUCUGUUCACGUCUCUCUUUCUAUCGAUAUUGAUCUGUUCAUAUCUCUCUCUUUCUAUCUAUCUAUCUUGGUCUGUUCACAUCUAUCUAUUUAUCUAUCUUGAUCUGUUCACAUUUCUCUCUCUCUCUAUCUUGGUCUGUUCAUAUCUCUUUCUCUCUAUCUAUCUAUCUUGGUCUUCUAUUCAUAUUUCUUUCUCUAUCUAUCUUGGUUUGUUUAUAUAUCCCUCUCUCUUGAUCUAUUCAUAUUUUUCUCUCUAUCUCUCUUGGUCUGUUUCUCUCUCUAUGUAUCUUGGUUUGUUCAUAUCUCUCUCUCUCUCUUGCACUAUUCAUAUUUCUCUCUCUCUCUCUCUCUAUCUUGGUCUGUUCACAUCUCUCUCUCUAUCUUGGUCUGUUCACAUCUCUCUUUCUGUUUCUCUUGGUCUGUUCACAUCUCUCUCUCUCCAUCUUGGUCUGUUCACAUCUCUCUCUCUCCAUCUUGGUCUGUUCACAUCUCUUUCUCUCUCUCUCUCUGUUUCUCUUGGUCUGUUCACAUCUCUCUCUCUAUCUUGGUCUAUUUAUAUUUCUUUCUCUCUCUCUAUCUUGGUUUGUUCAUAUCUCUCUCUAUUUCUCUUGGUCUGUUCACAUCUCUCUCUCAUCUCUCUCUCUCUCUCUCUCUCUCUCUCUCUCUUGGUUCUCUCUUGGUCUGUUCACAUCUCUCUCUCUCUCUCUGUUUCUCUUGGUCUGUUUACAUCUCUCUCUCUCUCUCUCUCUCUCUCUCUCUCUGUUUCUCUUGGUCUGUUCACAUUUCUCUUUCUCUAUCUUGGUCUGUUCACAUCUCUCUCUAUCUUGGUCUGUUCAUAUUUCUCUCUCUCUCUUGGUCUAUUCCUUUUUCUCUCUAUAUAUAUCUGGGUUUGUUCAUAUCUCUCUAUCUAUCUUGGUCUGUUCAUAUUUCUCUCUCUCUCUAUCUUGGUCUGUUUACAUCUCUCUCUCUCUAUCCAUCUCUCUAUCUGUUUGAUUCCUCUCUGCUUUUCAUCAGAAUUUAAAAAAUAA